UGUUCUCCUCCUACAGUCGUGGUGCAAGCAGCAGCCAUGUUGCCGCGAGCUUGUUCCGGUAUCAGGGCAGGAUCGUGCGCAUAGACUGCAUUCGGGCGCAGCUCCUCGCCUCUCUGCCCCUGUCGCCUGUGGCACUUAUCUCCAAACAAGAACAAGAAAAACCCCGUCUGUCGAUAAUGGAUUUUACAACCUGAUGAUUCCUACUUGAGUCGGCUGGUCACGGGGAUAAUAGCAGUUGGUGUAUCGACAGGACGAACUGGUGUAUUCACCAUACACUGCAGUGCAGCAGCGGAGAACGACCUUAUUCCACUCACGCAACAGAGGGAACAGCACCGGCGAUUUCCGUAGAUUUUGAGUUUUGAGGCUUUGCUCUGUGGCAGUCACCGCCGCGGCGGCCACUGGAGGAUAAGCUAACUAGCUAGCUCUCCAUCAGAAGCAACACUAAAUUAGCUAGCCCUAUGGGCUAAAAUCGGCCAGCUAUUUUGCUAGCGCAACAAAUAAAUUCACGUUUCUCAUCUGCCAUGUGACCAUUUUACGGAGUGCUGCGUUUAUUUUUCGGUUACCCUACCUCGGAUAUCUUGUUGGGAACCUCUUUGAUUGUUUUGUGGGAGUUGGGAAGGUCGAAACCUCGCCGGGAAUAACUUUGGCCUGAAAGUUUGUGGACACCAAUUCUGGUUUCGGACCUGAAAGGAAACGACCCAGGCAGCAAAAGACAAACACGACAAAUCGCAUUAACGAAGACGUCACUGGAUGUGUGUUUCUUGUAGAUUUCGGCGACUGCCGAAGCUUCUUCAGGCGUAGUUAGCAACCUAAUAGGUUAGCAUGUUAGCCACCUAAUUGUUGAACCUUGUCUUGCUCUGUUAAACCAUUGCCCAACUUUUCCUCAGGCUAGCCCAAGUAGCUAGCUAGCAAAAACGUCACAUCAUCGGGUUGUUUGCUCGCAAACAACCAUUGACACUGAAACAUUGCUCAUUUGGGAACUGGAUGACCUCACGUCUCAAGCGAAUCUGAGAGGGAUAUUUGUUUUGCCUGUUUUGUGCUUGCUGACAAACAUGGGCCCCGCGGUUUCUGCUAGCUAGUUUCCAGCUAGCUGGCUAACUCGACGAGCCGCUGAUGUGGGAUUCAACUUGUUGAUUCACGGGUUAGUUGUGCUGCUAGCUGGCUAGCGCCGUACUUCUGUUGGAAAUUGACUCCUGUCACCAGUUACCCAGAUUAUAAAUGCACAAAAGACACUGAAGAUUCAUUCUUGUUUCAUCGUUCCUUUCCCUCUUUUGGGCAACCCCAAGUCUUUCAAAAAUGUCAACAAGGCCCCCACUGGUACAAGUAAUUGAAAAUUCUACCACACAGGAGUCCAAGUCAUCAUCUGGCCGCUCCAGCAUGCCUCGGUGUCGGAACUCAGUCGCCACAACCACAUCAGAUGACCAGCCACACAUUGGUAACUACCGGUUGCUGAAAACCAUUGGCAAAGGCAACUUCGCCAAAGUCAAACUGGCACGACAUGUCCUCACCGGAAAAGAGGUGGCUGUAAAGAUCAUUGAUAAGACGCAGCUCAACUCCUCCAGUUUGCAGAAGCUCUUCCGGGAAGUGAGGAUCAUGAAGAUGUUGAAUCACCCCAACAUAGUCAAGCUCUUUGAGGUCAUAGAGACAGAGAAGACUCUGUACCUGGUAAUGGAGUAUGCUAGUGGAGGAGAGGUCUUUGAUUACUUGGUGGCCCAUGGCAGGAUGAAGGAGAAAGAAGCCCGUGCCAAAUUCAGACAGAUUGUGUCAGCGGUACAGUAUUGCCAUCAGAAGUGUAUAGUACACAGAGACCUCAAGGCAGAGAACCUGCUGCUGGAUGCAGACAUGAACAUCAAGAUAGCGGACUUUGGCUUCAGUAAUGAGUUCACCCUAGGGAACAAGUUGGAUACAUUCUGUGGCUCCCCACCCUACGCAGCUCCAGAGCUCUUCCAGGGCAAGAAGUACGAUGGGCCUGAGGUGGAUGUCUGGAGCCUGGGGGUCAUCCUCUACACACUGGUCAGCGGAUCGCUUCCCUUUGAUGGACAGAACCUCAAGGAACUAAGAGAGCGUGUGCUGCGAGGGAAAUACAGGAUUCCCUUCUACAUGUCUACCGACUGUGAGAACUUACUCAAAAAGUUCCUCAUCCUGAACCCCUUGAAAAGAGGCAGCCUCGAGCAGCAGAUAAUGAGGGAUCGGUGGAUGAAUGUGGGCCACGAGGAGGAAGAACUCAAACCCUACAUUGAACCUCAGCCAGAUUAUAAGGACCCCAGGAGGACAGGUACACAGCACAGCUCUGUAUUACUAUACAUCAUGCUGCAAAUGGGAUUCUCGCAAGAGGAGAUUCAGGACUCGCUGGUGAACCAGAAGUACAAUGAUGUGAUGGCUACAUACCUGCUACUGGAUUAUAGGAACUCCGAGCUGGAAGAAGGUGGCAUCAAGCCUCGACCAGGAAGUGAUGUAAGCAACAUUAAAGCCCCCUCCCCGCCCCACAAGGUACAGCGCAGCGUGUCAUCCAACCAGAAGAGUCAGAAUCGCAGAACCAAUGACCAGGGCUCCUCCUACUCUAAGAGGGGAGGUCAAGACAACCGCACUGCAGUUGAGGAUUCUGGGAGGAAAGGUUCAUCAGGCAGCUCCACUACCAAGGUGCCGGCCAGUCCUCUUGUCUCCUCUGACCGCAAGAAGAGCGCUACGCCUUCCACUAAUAGCAUCCUGUCCACUGGUACUGCUCGCAGUCGGAACUCUCCGCUGACUGAAAGAUCUACGCUGAGCCAGGGAAUCCAGAACGGCAAAGACAGCCUAAACACUCCGGGCUCCCGCGCCUCUACUGCCUCAGCCGCUGCCGUCCUCUCCUCCUCCUCCUCGCGUCCCCGCCACCAAAAGUCCCUGUCCUCCUCCAAUCAUCCAUGCCCCUCUGACCUGCACGCACCACGGCCAAGUGCUCCACCACAGCGGGCGCCCGGUGCCUCCCCGUCUGCCCACAACAUCAGCAGUGCUGCCGUGUCAGACCGGACCAACUUCUCCAGGGGGGUGGGCAUCCGCAGCACGUUCCAUGCUGGCCAGCAGCGGGGUGCCCGGGACCAACAAGGCUCUGCCUACCCCGGUGGGCCUGCGUCCCCAUCACUGUCGCACGGAAACAGCCAGGCUCGGAGGACACAUGGCGCCACAGGGAUUUUCAGCAAGUUCACAUCCAAGUUUGUACGCAGAAAUCUGUCGUUCAGGUUUCCGAGAAGGAGUCCGUAUGAGGGAGAGGGUCGGGAUGAGGGGAGCAGGUCAAUGCUGAGCAGCACGGUGGACAAGUCGGAAAAGACGUCCGGCGGCGUUCUCUCCUCCUCUUCCAACAACGAUGAGAACAACUCCUCACCAGGAUCUGGAAACACUGGUGGCACUGGCACACCUCCGGCCAUCGCCAGCCAGAAGGACUCGGUCAAGCCGCGCUCCCUGCGCUUCACCUGGUCCAUGAAGACCACGUCGUCCAUGGAGCCCACGGAGAUGAUGCGCGAGAUCCGCAAGGUGCUCGACUCCAACAGCUGCGAGUACGAGCUGCGCGAGCGCUACAUGCUGCUGUGCGUCUCGGGCAACCCGGCGCGCGACGACUUUGUCCAGUGGGAGAUGGAGGUGUGCAAGCUGCCGCGGCUUUCCCUCAACGGCGUGCGCUUCAAGCGGAUCUCGGGCACGUCCAUCGCCUUCAAGAACAUUGCCUCAAAGAUUGCCAACGAGCUCAAACUGUGAGUGCAGAGGAGACGCAGCGAGGGGAGACGAGGCGAAAAAGGAGGCGGGAGGGGUGAAGGAGAGGAUGUAGCGAGGAUGAAGGUGAUGCUGUAGGUGGGUAGGGAGCGCUGCGGAGGUCAGGAGGUAAGCUAAAGGGUGGGAUCACUUUAAAAAUAUCGCGAUUGUUAUGAGACAAAGGUCUGAAGUAGGGCUAUGGGUUCUCUGAGACUAGAAAACCUUUCUUUUCUAGACGUUUUGUUCCUUACGUUCUUGAAGCCCUGCCAUCAGGAACUCUGAGUUGUGAAGUACUUACAGGCCGAGGUCUUCUCUCUCUUCUCCCCCUUCUCUCUCUCUCUCUCUCUCUCCCUGCUGUUUGUUUUCCUCGUCACAUGCUACUAAGACGUUCCACUCUUCUGCAUGUCCGAUCUGCUUUAUCUGUUUUUAAGGAGUCCCACUUUGACCACUCCUGUCACUUCUUCCUGCUAUUUAUUCAGUUUCUCUGCACGGUUCUGCCGGGGGAAGGGAGGAAUCCAGGGGGCUGAAAAAAUGGAGGGAAAAAAAAGAGCGGAGGAAAAGUGAUUUAAAACAAAAACAAAAACUUUCUCUGAAUGAUUGACAGGACACAUGGAGCCCUGUUUGCUGGGAAUAAGUUAUGAUUGUCCUCCGAACCUGAAUGGACUCGCACUGAGCCACAACUCAGGCUACUGAAGCCCACACACACACACACACACACACACUGACACUCAUAAUGGAUGGACGACUCUUCUGUCGAUGAAUAAAGGACCCUCUCCACCCUCCAUCUUUCCACACAAACCUCUUCUGAAUCCAUCCUUGCACCAUCCCCCCUCCUCCCUUUUCUCUCUCUCACACACACACCUCUUCACCUCCCUCUCUUCCUCUAAUUAAAAGUGAACUCGGCACAAACACAUCCAUCUUCUCACCUCAUCACUCCCCUUUUUCUUCUUGCUCAUUUUUAUUUUAAAUUUCUUGUGAGUCUGAGGAGGCCAGUUAGACUUAUGUCACCAUCAGUCGUAUGGACGCUAACUGUAAGUCCGUACAUAAUUUUUUUAUUUUUUUUUUAUUGUAUUUAGUUUCUUCUUAUUUUAUGGCUUUUAAAAGAGUUGUGCACUGGAACAGAGGGGCAUGUCGGCACCUGGGGAGGGAAGGACAGUCGACGGACGGGGUUGUUGAUGGAUUUUACGUUGCCUUUCUUUGAAGAAUAAACAUGGGGUUCUUUUUUUCUUUUAUUUUUUUUGCAUUCGUCGGCACACAGAUGUUCGGAUGGUCUUUGAUUUGUUGUUUUUUAAGGUUGGUAUGACUUUGGUCGGCAUCGUAUUCAGAAUGUCGAUCCUGAACCAACACAUUUCUCGUCGUCCCCCUCAUUUUCUCAGCUACACAUAUUCCCAAAGAGAAACACACAAACAACAAAGGAGUCAUCGAAAUCUGCAACAAACAGUAACGCACGUGUGUGUCUGUGUGUGUGUGUGUGUGUUUAAUCGUGAAAGAUCACUGGAAAAAAAAAAACACACAAAAAGAAAAGACAACGAAAACGAUGGUGAAUUAUUUUCUUCUGCUUUUAAUUUGAUAAUAUAUUUUUGUGUCGUUGAAAAUUUUGGGUUUGUACAGAUUAGGAUUUUCUUUUGGGGGGGGGGGGGUCGGACUGGUUGUGUCAAAUCAUAUCAUUGCUGCCUUUUUGGUGUAGUGCACCUUUAACACACACAUCUCCUAAUGUAUCAGAUUAAAUGAAACCCCCUCCAAGUGCAGGAGUUAUCGAUGUAUUUAACAAAGAUGAUGAUGAUGACGGCAACUACUGCUCGUUCUUUUUCUCUUUUCUUUUUUCCCCUGCGCCAUUUUUUUAUUUUGCCCAUUUGUUUUAAUUUUUGUUUGAUUAUAUCUAUUUUUUAACGGCGUUAUCGGUCCAGAAGCUUGAAGAAGAGACGGGGGAAGCGGCUCUCAUGUCCGUGACACGUGCUUGCUUUCAAAAUAAAACAAAGCAGGAGAAGUCACUUCCUCUUCUUGCGUUCUCUCUCUUUCUCUCUGUGCAUUUGAUCCAAUAGUUUGUUGCAACAGAACAAAACCACACACACACACGUACAGAGGUUAGUGAAGAGGAACACGGCUGAGUCCUGUCAGCUGGUUGUACCUAACUUAACACUUUUUUCUUUCUAUCACGACGACACAAAAAACGUCAGGUUUUUGUUUUGUUUUUCUUUCAGUUUUUAAUACGUCAGAUUUUUCUUUAAAAAGUUGAUCAUUGUAUUAAGGUGCUGGGUAUUGGAUUCUAAUUAUUAUUCUGGCUGUUGCUGUUAUAUUAUCUCUUUCAGGGUUGAUUUUAUUUUACAUUUUCGUUUUACAUUGCUGUAAUUUACGUUGAUUUUAAAUGUGUUUUGAGCAAACUGUAACUGUAGUGGUGGGUUUUUUGGGGUUGGGAGGGGUGAUCAACUCCUGAAAAAUGUAUUAUUUGUUUGUUUGUUUUAUUUUGUGCAAAGACAAAAUGAUGAAAAAUUACAAUGAUAGUAAUAAAAACAAUGAUAUAAUAACA